CCCUAGCUGGCCCCGUCUCCCAUCCCCAGAAGGGUAUUCACUGGGGAUUCUGAGCUUUGGCUACUCCAGUUUCCCACGACACGUGAGUGUGAGGGGCGUGGAGGAGGAGGCGGGCUGGGUUGCGCUCACACUUAAGCGUCUGUGACAGGAGCCGGAAUCGCAGUCUCCCUUGACCAUGGUUCUAGCCAAAGAUCUGGCUGAGGAGCCCUAAGGGUAGAAUGGAGGCGGAGGCGUGAGAGCGGAGAGUCACGGAGUUCCGAAAGUGUAAAAGACAACUGUACUUAUUGGAAGUCUAGAAACCCUUGAGAUUUGUGACCUGUAGAGGCUGAAGAGGUUUCAGAAGACUACGUCAAGCCAUCAAACAGUAAAGAGGAUGUUCCCUUUCUACAGCUGCUGGAGGACUGGACUGCUACUACUACUCCUGGCUGUGGCAGUGAGAGAAUCCUGGCAGACAGAAGAAAAAACUUGCGACUUGGUAGGAGAAAAGGGUAAAGAGUCAGAGAAAGAGUUGGCUCUAGUGAAGAGGCUGAAACCACUGUUUAAUAAAAGCUUUGAGAGCACUGUGGGCCAGGGUUCAGACACAUACAUCUACAUCUUCAGGGUGUGCCGGGAAGCUGGCAACCACACUUCUGGGGCAGGCCUGGUGCAAAUCAACAAAAGUAAUGGGAAGGAGACAGUGGUAGGGAGACUCAACGAGACUCACAUCUUCAACGGAAGUAAUUGGAUCAUGCUGAUCUAUAAAGGGGGUGAUGAAUAUGACAACCACUGUGGCAAGGAGCAGCGUCGUGCAGUGGUGAUGAUCUCCUGCAAUCGACACACCCUAGCGGACAAUUUUAACCCUGUGUCUGAGGAGCGUGGCAAAGUCCAAGAUUGUUUCUACCUCUUUGAGAUGGAUAGCAGCCUGGCCUGUUCACCAGAGAUCUCCCACCUCAGUGUGGGUUCUAUCUUACUUGUCACGUUUGCAUCACUGGUUGCUGUUUAUGUUGUUGGGGGGUUCCUAUACCAGCGACUGGUAGUGGGAGCCAAAGGAAUGGAGCAGUUUCCCCACUUAGCCUUCUGGCAGGAUCUUGGCAAUCUGGUAGCAGAUGGCUGUGACUUUGUCUGCCGUUCUAAACCUCGAAAUGUGCCUGCAGCAUAUCGUGGUGUGGGGGAUGACCAGCUGGGGGAGGAGUCAGAAGAAAGGGAUGACCAUUUAUUACCAAUGUAGAUUGCACUUUAUAUGUCCAGCCUCUUCCUCAGUCCCCCAAACCAAAGCUACACAGCCAGAUUUCUCAAGCAGUCUCAACUCCAGUCCCUCAUCUCACCCUUACUAUUGCUCUUGCUUUCCAGUUUGCUUUUGAUUUGCAUCUUCUCACUAGUAAAACUGCCUUCCCUUUGUUCCUUAUUUUCUGUUUUUUUUCUCUAGAGAGGUACAGUUGUAAGUCAGAGUUCAUAUAAUAGAGCCUGUGAAAACAGAGGCUUUUGCAUUGUCUCUUGACAUCAGAAGUUACAAUAGGCAUAUGGGCAAAAUGGUGUAGCAGGCUCACUGGCCGUUUGUUUUUUAAACACAUUUUCACAAGUUUUUGAGACACUGGAUUUCUUUAAUUAAAAAAAAAAAUGCCAAGAAACAUUAUUUAUACAGGGUUGAUUGCUUUCAUGUUGUUAUUCUGUACCCUAUAGUAGCCUCCAUGAGAAUCUGGUAUUUCUUGCUGCUUGGAACUACUUUGCAGUGAUUACUUGGUUGCAGUCCAAGUACUCUCGUUUAGUCUGAGCCUGGAGAUGUUCUAGACUUGCUUCUCCCACCUCUGGGAUUAGGACAGGAAAAAUGUGAAAUUUCCCAAUUACAGGAUUAUACGGUACCAUCACAUCAUUUGUGGAAAUUGGGGUGACUGUAUAGCUGGGAUUGGGCUAAGGAUUGUGGUCUUAUCUGUCCACAUACAGCCAAAAUGCCUAUCCAGAAAUCCAGUUCGUUGGAAAGGAAAAUUGGUACUCCUGUGCCACAGGGGUUCCAGAAAAGGGAAGUCACUUUACCUUGCGGUGGUGGGAUCCUGAUGUCUUUCAUCCAUUUGUAGUAAAAGCUGGUAAAGCUUUUCUGACUCCUGGUUCCCUACCAGUAUUUCUAAACAUGUCGCACUUUCUCCACAGGCAUGUGGUUUUGACCUUUUUUUCAAUCUUCUAGAAAGGGAACGGAAGCAGAAGUGGGACAUCGAGGGCUCUGCUGUCCUCUGCGCUGGGUGUGGAAUGCUGCUGCACCUGUCCCUUCUGCUGGCUCAGGGAAGUGUCUUCUUGCCCACAUUUCUGUGGGGAAAGGUUUUUAAUCCUCUGAUGCUUCCAUCUUCCUGUUUAGGCCAUGUGCCCAGAAACCUGGACUGAUCUUUCUUUAAUAGUGAACCCCUGGGCCACUGAAGAGUAACAUGGCUCCACUGGACACAAAAGAGGGAUGGAAUCAACAGGCAGGGGGCCUUUUAUAAGCCUUAGGAAAAGAAAAUGAAACUAUUUCAUCUUUGGACUUUUCAAUACUAUUGGAGUGAUUUUUUUCUUUCUAAACAGGGAAAAUAAUGUUACAAAAGCAUCUUUUUUGUUAUUUGUUUGCAUCCCUCCCCCACACCCUGGUGUUUUAAAAUGAAGAAAAAAAACCAUCACUUUUUGUACAAAAACUCUUAAUGAUUAAAAAACAAACAAAACA